AUGGGGUCAACAAGUGUCUUUGCCAAGACAAUACUUAUCCCAGCCGCAAUCGCAUUAGCAAUCUACAUUCUAGCCUCAUGCGUGAUAAUCCCCUUCUUCCGCCGCUACCACCAGCGCUACUCGCAAUACCUCCCGCUACACAGUAUAUCCGCACACACACUGUCCCUACGCGACCGCAUAGCCGACAAAGUGAUGCAUUUCUUCCUUCCAUCUCGGUGGCGGCGGGGCACGCAAAUAGCCGAUCACGAUAACAUCAGUAUUGACGAUGAGGAAGGGGAGAUCAUGGUUGGGAUGGAUAUGGAUUCUGAGAGGCGAGGCGCCCUGGAGCAACGGAGACGUGAUACCCUGGCUGAGACGGAGGGUCGUUUGAGUCGGGAUCUGGAGGAGGGGUUUAUGGAUGAUAGUGAUGAGGAAGGGAAUGAGGGGCCUAGGAAUGGACGGGGAGGGAGGCUUUGA